CAAGGCGCUCACGUUGGAUUUUGUCAUGGACACCGUACAUGCUCGUUUCAAAGAUAAAAUCGGCGAGGUGCUUUUACCUGGCGAUGUGUUCAAAUUCAGUCUUCCAGAAGGUGGAGACUGUAAUGUCAAAACUGAAAAAAUAAUAUGCGGUCCAGGGCUUCGGAGAAAUGGCGAGGAAGUUCAUGUGUGUAAAAGUGGAAUUCUUCGCCAUAAACAAGCAAACCUGUACUGGAUAGACUCUCAGCAGAGACGGUACAUCCCAACAAAGGGUGAAAGUGUCAUUGGUAUUGUGACGGCAAAGUCUGGAGAUAUCUACAAAGUGGAUGUUGGAGGAAGUGAGCAGGCAUCCCUUUCGUAUUUGGCAUUUGAGGGAUCUACAAAGAGAAACAGACCUAAUGUGCAGGUUGGGGAUUUAGUGUACGGCCAGUUCACAAUUGCAAACAAAGAUAUGGAGCCUGAGUUGGUGUGUAUAGACAGCUGUGGCAGAGCCAAUGGGAUGGGGGUGUUUGGAGCCGAUGGCCUGCUUUUUAAAGUCUCAGUGGGUUUAGUGCGCAGACUUCUGGCUCCUCAGAGUGAAAUAGUGAAGGACCUGGAAAAGAUUUUCCCUUUUGAGACGGUUGUUGGGCUGAACGGAAGAGUGUGGGUGAAAGCAAAGACUGUUCAGCAAACGCUGAUAGUUGCCAAUCUUCUGGAGACCUGUGAGAACAUGACCUCCCAACAGAGACAGACACUAUUCAAGAAAGUGACAGAAGGCUCCUUCUAGUGGACACAUCAUAUACCAACCAGUGCAACCAGAGGUGAUAAAACCACAUCAUCAAAUGUGGAUGGACAUUUUUUUUCUGUUGUUUGUUGUGGGUGAUGCACCAUUGAAGUGGCCCUUUGUCUUGUACUAAAACAUUGUACAUGGAAUAUUUUGCCUACAGCACAUGUUUGUAUUCCAGAAAAGUAAAUUAAAUUCCUCUGAUUUAGUUUUUUUGUAUAAAUCUGGUCUGACACUUCACUGUUUACUUAAACAUCAUCCACAUAGUGCACUAAAUGUGGAUAAAAUAUAAAUGUUUGCUAAACAAGACAUAUUUGAAGUGGUUUUAUAUUCUGUAUCCAGAGGGGGGCAUCAUUUCCCUAACUGUUUCAGUGUUCUUGCUGUUUUGUCGACCUCCUAUUCAUCAUAGUUUCAGGAAAUUACAUAUGUUUUCUGGAUAAUGGAAGGCCAUGAUUUUAAUCAGCACAUUUUAUAUCCUCUUUUUGGGAAAUACUUCAUUUUCACAUGAUGAACAUUAUUCUUUAGCAAGACAACUGUGUCAAUUCAGGCAUAAAUUGUGAAAAGGUCAAACUAGUAAAGUAAAGGUCAAACUGGUAAACAAUCCUAAA